GUGUGGCUGUUGCGGUAUCCCGCCCUCCCCGCCCCCACCUGGCGCACCUAGCGGCGGGGCGGGGCUGCCGGGGUGGGGCGGGGCAGGGCAGGCGCCUUCCCACGGGACUCCAACCCGGAACUAGUCUCGGCUCCCUUGGGAAGGCCGCGGCCCCUGUCCAGGAGCCGGAGCCUGACCCGUGAGUGCGGGCCACGGGUCCAGGCCUUGGACAGAGGGACACCCUCGUUCUCGGAGGCACCAGACCAGGCGCUUCCUUGGCCGGACGUUGGACGGUCUGGAAACUACAGGCGCUCCUGCUCCGGCUGGACCAUGGCGCCCCCGCGGAACGUGGUGAAGAUCGCGGUCCAGAAGCCUGACGCCAUCCCGCAGCUCAUCCGCCUGGACCAGGCAAAGCCCCUGGCCGCCGUUGUGAAGGAGGUGUGCGACGCGUGGAGCUUGAGUCACUCGGAACGCUAUGCCUUGCAGUUUGCUGAUGGGCAUAGGAGAUACAUCACUGAGAACAACCGCACAGAGAUCAAGAAUGGCAGCAUCCUGUGCCUCAGCACUGCCCCAGACCUUGAGGCUGAGCGGCUGUUGAGUGGGCUGCAGAGCGGGAGUCGUGAAAGGCGUCGGGAAACUCUGCAGCACCUUGUCUUGCUGGCCCCAGAUGUGACCUUUGCCCAGGAGGUUAUCAGUCGUGAUGGGCUUCAGAGACUAGGCACUAUCAUCGAGGAUGGGGAUGACUUAGGGGAGGUGCUGACCCUCACGCUGAGGGCCUUCUUGGAGCUCAUGGAACAUGGCAUGGUGUCCUGGGAGACGCUCAGCAUCCCCUUUAUUAGGAAGGUGGUGUCCUAUGUGAACAUGAACCUGAUGGAUGCAUCUGUGCAGCCUCUGGCCCUCAGGCUGCUAGAGAGUGUGACCUUGAGCAGCCCUGCUCUGGGCCAGCUGGUCAAGAGUGAGGUGCCACUGGAUAGGCUGCUGGUGCACCUACAGGUGAUGAACCAGCAGCUACAGACCAAGGCUAUGGCAUUGCUGACAGCCUUGCUACAGGGGGCCAGCCCCACUGAACGUAAGGUUAGUGUCCUAUCUGGUGACUGGAUGGGGGUGGGGACAGGGACAGGAGCUGGCAGUCACUGUGCUCCAUCCUGGGACUGCAGGAUGGGUGUUCAUGGUGGGGUUAAAUCACCUAAGCCCCCUUCCCACCUAUCUCAGCACAUGCUUGACUACCUGUGGCAGAGAAACCUCCGCCAGUUCAUCUAUAAGAAUAUCAUCCAUAGCGCAACACCACUGGGUGACGAGAUGGCUCACCAUUUGUAUGUACUUCAGGCCCUUACAUUGGGGCUGCUGGAGCCACGCAUGCGGACGCCACUGGACCCCUACAGCCCAGAACAGCGGGAGCAGCUGCAGGCCCUCCGCCAGGCUGCCUUUGAGUCGGAGGGGGAAUCUCUGGGUGCUGGGCUAAGUGCCGACCGUCGCCGUUCCCUCUGUGCCCGCGAGUUCCGAAAACUGGGCUUUUCCAACAGCAACCCCGCGCAGGAUUUAGAGCGCGUGCCCCCUGGCCUGCUGGCCCUGGACAACAUGCUCUACUUCUCUAGACACGCACCUAGUGCCUACAGCCGGUUUGUGUUGGAGAACAGCAGCCGUGAGGACAAGCACGAGUGCCCCUUUGCCCGGAGCAGCAUCCAGCUAACUGUGCUGCUGUGUGAGCUGCUCCGCGUCGGGGAGCCCUGCUCCGAAACAGCCCAGGACUUUUCACCCAUGUUCUUCGGCCAAGACCAGAGUUUCCAUGAGCUCUUCUGUGUGAGCAUCCAGCUGUUGAAUAAGACCUGGAAGGAGAUGCGAGCCACCCAGGAGGACUUUGACAAGGUCAUGCAAGUGGUGCGGGAGCAGCUGGCCCGCACUCUGGCCCUGAAGCCCAGCUCCCUGGAGCUUUUCCGAACCAAGGUGAACGCACUCCCCUAUGGGGAGGUGCUGCGGCUGAGGCAGACAGAGCGGCUCCAUCAGGAGGGCACGCUGGCCCCUCCCAUACUGGAGCUACGGGAGAAGCUGAAGCCAGAGCUCAUGGGCCUGAUCCGCCAGCAGCGUUUGCUCCGCCUCUGUGAGGGGACGCUCUUCCGCAAGAUCAGCAGCCGGAGGCGCCAGGACAAGCUGUGGUUCUGCUGCCUGUCCCCUAACCACAAGGUGCUGCAGUAUGGGGAUGUGGAGGAGGGUGCCAGCCCGCCCACCCUGGAGAGCCUGCCUGAGCAGCUCCCUGUGGCCGAUAUCAAGGCACUGCUAACAGGAAAAGACUGUCCCCAUGUCCGGGAGAAGGGCUCAGGGAAACAGAACAAGGAUCUCUAUGAGUUAGCCUUCUCAGUCAGCUAUGACCACGGGGAGGAGGAGGCAUACCUCAACUUCAUUGCCCCAUCCAAACGGGAGUUCCACCUGUGGACAGAUGGGCUGAGUGCCCUGCUAGGCAGUCCCAUGGGCAGUGAGCAGACUCGGCUGGACCUGGAACAGCUGCUGACAAUGGAGACCAAACUGCGGUUGUUGGAGCUGGAGAACGUGCCCAUUCCCGAGCAGCCACCUCCCAUCCCUCCACCCCCCACCAAUUUCAACUUUUGCUAUGACUGCAGCAUCACGGAACCCUGACAGUGAGAUUGGCUGUGGGCCACAGCUGCUGGCAUUGGGGACCAUGAAGGGCGGAGGGUGGAGGAGCCCAACACCCUGACCAGCAGAGGCUGCCGCAAAAAUAAAGUCCGCUUGACUCUUG